GUUCGCCAUUACUUCGACGAGCGCUCAGUCCUGAUCGACUUCAUCCGCGUUCGGCGGAGAGCAAAACGUCGAUAUCACCAUUGGUGAAUACUAUGGCAAAGGUAACGCCACGCGUGACUAUCGCACAGUCGUCUCACAACAACAGUGAUAUCUCGGACGAGUCCAGCGUUAAUUUCAAGGAGGCCAACGAAGGCGCGAAAGGCGAGAAGAAAGUGCCAAGCGAGCAGAAGGCAGAUUAUCCCAAAUUAACCCAUGGCAUAUCCAUUAAUUUAGGGAACGUAGGUAUGUCAAAUUCGUGCGGUAGCACGCAAUUACCGCGAAUAGCCGAAGAAAAGGAUUCGCCGACAGGCACUAAGAGCGAUGACUACUCGUCAUCGAAAGAGAUCGGUCCGGAAAAAAGCGAAAAGCAAUUGAUUGGUUGUAGCAGCGAUCAGUCUGUGGAAAGAGCUCAGAGCAAUGAACGUCAAAGUAAAACUGCUGACAGCAGCAAAAUAUCGCAAUACAAAAAAAAAGAAGAGAAUGCUAUUCAAUCAAGUGUUUCACAAGCAAGCACGCAGCAAAUAACUAGUGUCACGAAUUUACAGAAGAAUUUAGAUCAGAGACAUUAUCAAGCAGGUGAAAAAUCUAUUACUGCGCCGUCAUUGUCGCAUAAACCAUUUGUUGUCGAGCAAAAAAGUACUGGUAAAGGCAAUAUGGAAAUUCACCAAGAUGGUAAAAAGAUACUCAAAAGAUAUAAGGCCGAUUUUGGCGAUAACGCUCAUUCGAGCACGCACGAAAGCAGCGCAGCAUCGGGAAGAGAGAAGAAGAACAAUUAAUUCUGCAUUUUCUGAAUAGAUUUAAAAACGAAGUGUCGGCCGUAUGCAGCUGGGAGUUUGGAAUUACCUGUGUGUUAAUCAAAUGAGAAAUGAUUUAUCCUUUGCAGGGUUUAAAUCGAAUAGCUACGAGACGCUGAUUAUAUGAGAGAUAAGAGACUAAUCAAAAACAAAAAAAAGAAAUUAAAAAAAAAACAAGAAGGAAAAGAAAAAAGAUCGCAGGUUUUGGAUUCAUAGCUUUAUGGAAUUUCUAUAUUCAAACCUAUAGGCUUCCGUCAAAUAAAUACCUGAAAGCGAUUAAAAUACUGAUAUAUAUUUCCGAGAGGUUUUAUUCUAUUUCCAUAAAAUAUAUCUGUUUGUUAUACAAGAUAUAUCACAUACAAAAACCUUUUAAACAAAUAUGCACACAUAAGAGAUACAUUAUUUUAAUUGACCAAACAAAAACUCAAAAUAAUAUUACUAACUUGAAAUCACAAAACCGCGUGUUAAGGUUACUCUUUAACGAUUAGAUGAUUGGAGUGAUUUUAUGCUUUGGGCUACAGUAUUUACACGAUCUCAUUUAUAUUUAUAUCUAAAUAAUAGCAUAUAUAUAU